GUUAGUUCCUGGUUUAUGUGAUUUCACGCUCUCGGCACACCACGCAACAUCAACUUUUCAAAGCAUGGAAUAAGUCGUCUCACGAUUUUGCCCAGAGACUCUCCGCGAAAUCUCAGCAGAGUACAAGUGAAAUCAGUCGGCUGCGGGUUUUGCACAAGCCAUGGCUGUGUAGAGUCCCGCAGGUUUGCCCACACAGGAGGCUUGUGAGGUUGCAACCGCCAGCUAGCUCACUUGCUAGGUAGCUACAUGCAGUCCAAAAUGACUGACUGCUGUGCCGCAACGAACUGUGGUUUUAAACGAGAUGAAUCCGACAGCGAUACUCCACUUUUCAGCUUUCCUUUGGACCCGGAGCGGUGCAAACAAUGGUUGAACAACUGUCGUCGCCAAGACUUGGCAUCAACAGCUCCUGAACAGUUGCAUAAGCUCUACAGUCUUUGUGCGAAACACUUUGAGCCAUCUCUGAUCUCCCAGAGUGCUUCCCAUUGUGUUCUGAGGGAGGAUGCAGUUCCAACAAUAUUUGAUUUUACAACACCGUUGAACAACCCAGCAACCUGCAACAGGAAAAGACCUAGAGAUCCUACAGAAGAGGAACCUGCUUCUGUGAAGAAAACAAAAGAAAGCACAUCAACACCAGCAGCAAUCAAGGAGGAACAAGAAGUGUGUGGAGAGAACAGUGUAUUAUCUGAAUCACAAAGAGAUAGCCAAGCGCCAGAAGAUGUAGCCAGCUCCAAAGCAAAAGAGAUUCUUAAAGUCCAUUUUAAGGAAAUCCUUGCGCUCACUGGAUUCAGCAUUAAUGGUGCGAACGCAGAUGAGCCAAUGGGAGGUGCAAGGGGUCAGCAGAUUCUCAAUCCGAUCUGUGUGGAGAAAAUUGAUCAGAAAGAAGUCCUACAGUUCAGUGAGGAUCUCAUGCGGGAGGAGAUACAGAAUAGCUUGCGGCAGGCACGAUUCUUCUCCAUUCUGCUUCAAGAUGUGACAAAUAUAGAGGGAAAGGAGCAGAUCCCAGUUUUCAUAAGGUCUGUCACUGUAGCUGGAUUCCCUCAAAAGCAUCUCAUUGGGUUCCUGCCCUGUGAUGUGGAUUCUGAGAAUAUGUUUUACAUGCUUCUCUCAGAAUUACGAAACAAGUGGGGAUUGAGGAUGGAGCAUUGUCGGGGACUUACAUAUCUGGUUACAGGCAGUAUGUGUCAGAAAAUGCGUGAACUUACCUGCAGGAUUCUUCAGGAGUUUCCACAGGUAGUUUUGUCACCGAGUGACCCAUAUGCCUUCAACAUAUGGAUUAUUCGCUGCAUGCCUGUGCCCUCCAUCCAGAAAGUCGCAGACACUGUAGAGGAGGUGGCCACAUUACUCAGGAGAACACCAGAGCUUUGCACAAGAUUGGAUGGAAAGAUCCAGAUGACCUAUGGACAUAUUAAGGGAGAAGUGGAUAGGGUCAAAGGAGCUAUCCGUGGUAAUUGGGAGUAUGGUACUGACGCUUUCCAGACCAUGCUAGAUAUUCUUGAGCCAUUCUUGAACUGCAUAAAUGAGAUGAUUUCAAAGGUAGAUGAAGAUACUGCUGAGCAGAUGGCUAAGCUGAAGCCUGUUUUGAAGAAUUUCAAUUUCAUCAUCACACUUGUUGUUCUGAAGAACACCCUCUGUUGUGUGAGCAUACUCAACUCAAGUCUCAGGGGAAUAAUUAGCAUCAGCAGUACCUUGCAGUACACAAUUUCAAAUGCCUUAAAGUUGGUAAACAAAUACCAGCAGGAGAUUGCAAUAUUCCACAGGAAAUGGUUUUCAGAUGCAGUGGGACGAGCAAAGAAGCUGGGGGUCGAAGUCACUAAGCCUGAGAUGGACCAAGGAGCAACAACUGAAACACCACUGGAGGACUUGUACAGAGAAACUCUGAGCCGGCCUAUCUUGCAGUAUCUUGUCGUAGAAGUGAAGAGGGUGUUCAGCACAGAGAUGGUGAGGAUUCUCCGGUGGCUCUCUUUGGUGCCAUCUUACAUGGCUGACCACAAUUUCAGUAUACGCAGGGAUAAAGUGGCAGAUGCUAACUUAAACAACCUUGCAAGGCCUGACACAUUUUAUGAAGAGCUUGGUUGCUGGGAAGUGAAGUGGAGGCAUGCUAGCAAGCGCAGGAUCCUGCCAACCACAGUGUUUGCUACCCUGAAGAUUCCAGAUAUUGGAUUUUACCCAAAUGUGCAGAGUUUGCUGAGGGUUUUAGGGACUGUUCCAUGUGUGAAUGCAGAGGCAGAUGUGUAUGGGCAAUACAAUAUGGUACUGGAGCGGUGUUACUCAUACCUCAGAGCCACACCAGAGGACCAAAGACAAUGCAGCAUGGCAUAUGUCUUUGUAAACCAAGAUGUGCACUUCAGCGUUGAACAAAUGGUGGAAUCCUAUGUGCAAAAGCAUCCUGACAUACUGCAGUUGCUGCAGAUGGAUGAUGACAUAAAAGAUAAGCAUACCCCAGUGGCAGCCUUAAAGAAUGAUGGAAACCAUACAGAAAAAGACCCUGAAGAUGAAUUGCAACUCAUAACCCUAGAAAUGGAGGCUGAGAGGCUUGUGGAGAUGAAGUGUGCAGAGACGGAUAAAGAAGCUCUCAAAUCUGCUUUACAGGCUGCAGUAACUGCUGCGUACAGCAGCCAUAGCAGGCAAACUAGUGAGUUUCCUGCUGCUCAAGAUGCUGAGGUUGAGUAUGUGUCCAAAUCUGAAAUGAAAGAAGUACUUGCUGUGUGCGAGGAUGCUGUCAGGGAAGGAAUUCUUAUGGAAGUAGGAAGUUCCUUCUUUUCCUUGUUCAUCGAUCGUGUUGUGAAACUGGGAGAGAGAGACUAUCUUCCACUGUUUCUUAGAUUUGUGGACAGCUUUGAUGUCAUGCGAUUGGAGUUGAUGGGAUUUGUCGAUGCAGAUCUAGACUGCGAUACCCUGGUACAGCGCCUCCUGGAAAUUGUUACAGAGGAGUGGCGUCUUGAUUUGAAGUAUUGCAGAGGUCAGGCUUACUUGGGUUCUGGUGAUGUUUCCUACAAGCUGAAAGCUUUUGCCUGCAAAAUUCAGGAGAAGUACCCCCUUGCUAUAAGCACACACUGCUCUUGUUACUCCUUCAACACAUGGUGGUCCAAAUCCAUCCCAGUGCCUGCUAUUAAAAGAGCCCUGGACACCUUUGAGGAAGUUUUGAUGUUUUUUGGCAGUAGUACCUCUCUAGAAAAACAGCUUGACCAUGUAAUUGCCUACGGUCUAAGAGAGAGCUACGAGAAGGUCCAAGAGUUACAAGGAAAGUUCUGCACUCUUUGGCAAGAAAAGCAUGAUUCAUAUGAGGUCUUUGUGCAGAUGCUGGAGCCCCUUGUUGAAUGUCUAGAGAAAGUCAAGAAUAACCCACAGAGAUGGAAACCUCUUGUGUCUGAACAAGCUGGGACACUUCUGCGCAGAGUAAUGGAGUUUGACUUUAUCAUUGCCAUGGUAGUCUUGAAGAACACUUCCUCUUUCACCAGAGAAUUGAGUGCAGGUCUCCAGAAGGACCACUUCAGUGCUGCAUCCCAGCUUUGCCAGAUCAGCGGUAUUGUGGCCACACUGAACCGAGUGAAAACAAAUAUGAAGGUUUUUCACCAGAACUGGUUUGAUGAAGCUUGUGCUAUGGCACAGAGUCUAAGAGUGCAGAUUGAAGUGCCUGAAAACUCUUUACCAAGAGACAGCAUGAUAAAGCCGGUUGGAUUUUACAAAGAUGGGCUAAGUGUGCCCCUUGUAGAUAACCUCAUCAAUGCAGUGAAAGAUCAUUUUUCUGAUGACCACAAAGAAGCCCUCAAUUUUCUCUCCCUGGUUCCGUGCUCUGUGACAGUGAGUUACAUGUUUGAGAGUCUGAAGUCAAAGCCGCCGCUUUAUAGCAGUGAUCUUCCUGAUGCUGACAACUUUUUCACAGAGCUGUGCUGCUGGAGGGUAACAUGGAAGACCAAAGUUGCAUCAGUGACUAUCCCAGACUCUAUAUUUCAUACUCUGCGUCUGCCGCUUAUGCAGUACUUUGGGAACAUCAAUACACUGCUGAGGAUUAUGUCUGUGUUACCCAGCACAGCACUUGAGGACUGUGGGGUUGUACUGCGCCAUAAGAGGUUCCAAGACUACCUGAGAAAUACAAGUCCCAAAGACAGGUCCCCAUGUUUGGCUAUGCUGCAGGUGGGCACAGACUUCAGCAGAGACCUAGACCGCAUGGUGACCCAGUGCUUGAAGGUUACUCCCCAAGCCUUGGAGGGUAUAUGUUUGGACAAAGAAUCAAAAAGUAUCACAAGGAACUCUGAAAAUAACAUGGAAGUUGACUAUGAAGAGGAUGCAGAGGAAGCUAAGCCUCAGCAAUCUCCUAACCACAAUGAGGACCAAGACAUAAAACCAAGAGAUGAGAAUGGACACACAGGAGAUAAUCUUCAAAGCUUGGAGACAGUAUUCAGAAUGGCCGCACUCCUGGGAAAAAAGAAUAGCAGUCUCUCUGAAAUCUCAAAUGAGGACCGAGAACUUUUCGUCCAGGAACUUGGCAUGUGCCACUGGUUUGGAAGUGAGAGCAAAUGUACACCAAGUGAGGCUGAAAUGGUGAAAAUGCUCAUAAAAGGAAUCAGAGAUGUUAUACUUCAGGAAAUACAAGAGUCUCCAUUCUUCUCACUAAUCACAGACAAACCUGUUAGAAUUGCUGACAAGACACAUCUGCCUGUAUUUGUCAGGUAUGUGGGAGAGUCUGCCCCAAAAGUGGAGCUAAUUGGUUUCUUGCCAUUUGAUGAAAACUAUGAUGUUGAAAGGCAAGCAAAGAGUCUUGCAAAAAUUCUCAUUGAAGACUGGGGCUUGCCUAUGUCUCAGUGUCGUGGACAAGCAUUCAUGCAUUCAGGCUCAAGUUGCCAAUGCCUGAAGAAAAUGUCUUUGGAUUUCCUCAAGAGCUAUCCUCUGUCUCUUGUGACACCCAGUGAGUCCUGUGGCCUUGCUUACUGGCUGGCUGGAAGUGUGCCUUGCCCUUCUGUAACAAAGAUGCUGGAUAUCGCAGAAGACCUGCUACUGUUCUUUGACCAAUCUCCUGAACUGGAGGGGCAGUUAGCACAGGCUGUUGAUGGGCUGUUGAAUACACCCAGGGAGGCCCUGGAGGAAAUUCCAGAAACCUGUUGCUCAAGGUGGAAAAAAAGAGAGGACUUCUUUGAUAUCCUUGCUGACACAUUGGAGGGAAUUCUUAGCUGCCUAGAUGUUGUUAGUUCUACUGCCACAGGUGCCAUGUCAAUGCAUGCACAAGUUCUCUGUACUGCUCUGAGAAAUAUGGACUUCAUUGUCACCCUUGUGAUUCUGAAGAAUGCUUGUGCUCCUCUUCGUAACUGUAGCACUGUCUUCCGUUGUGGUAACCCUGCUGAUAUUCUGUGUGAAGUUGAAAAAAUCCCUUCAAUCAUAGAGACACUUAACAAAAUGUUGGAGAACAUCGGCACUGUGCACACUCCAUGGUUUGAGCAGGCAUUCCAGCUAGCAACCAAGGUAGCUCCUGAGCAAGCAUGCUUCUCUGAGGAAGCCAACAGCUAUGAGUCUCCAGAAAUAUAUUACAGGGAAAAUCUCAGUGUUCCUCUCCUCAGAAGUCUCAUUGAUGAAAUGAAGUACAGCUUCUCAGACAGCCACUUGAAGGCCUUAUCUGUCCUGUCUUUGCUGCCCUCCUGUAAUCCACAGUCCAUUCUCCCAGAGUCCACAGACAAACCAUUUAGUCUCUAUCUGACAGAUCUUCCUGAGCCUGACACAGCUGAGCAAGAAAUCAAUGCCUGGGCAACAGUCUGGAGAGAGAAAUACCAGGAUGUUGCUCCACCAACAUCCAUCUCUGAGGUACUACUACACCCUGAAUCAAAGAGCCACCCAACCGUGACCUCAUUGCUUAGGCUAGUAGCUGUCCUACCCAGCAUUAGUAUGGAAUGUGACCUGAUGAAAUCCACCUUGAAUUCCAUGAGGGAUCUCUUGAAAAACACUGUGUGCAAGGGCAGCAGAACAGAUCGUGUGAUGCUCCUCACUCAUUAUGCGACUGUGCAAAGAUUGCCAGAGGUCAUCGAGAAGUGUAUAGAAGCUGAUCCAGAGAGCAAUCCAUGUCUUUCUCAGGUGUUGGAAACGUUUCAAAAAUUGAAGCUGGACAAUGGAGCUGUUGAGGUAAAACCAAUGGAGACAACAGGAUCACAUCCCUCCAGUGUAGCAGAGGAGCCCUGUGAUGGAAAGGUGAAAUCGGCUGAUGUGAUAAUCAAGGCUGUUCAAGGAUCACGAAAACCAUUAUCUUUCUAUGACCCACCCCUACGUGAAGAAAUCCUCAAGGAACUCUGGGACUCUCAGUUCUUCACAGUUAUAACUGAGCAAGCUCUUGAAAUUGACAGUGAGCUCUAUAUCCCCCUGUGCAUCAGGUAUUUGAACAAAGAAGACAUCCAGUGUGAGGAAACAUUGGCAUUCAUUCCAUUUACUGAAGACCCGGUCGCCCUCGCAGAUGUUAUUGUGACUGCUUUGUCAGAGAACUGGGGGCUCAACAUGGAAUAUUGUAGAGGACAGGCUUUCCUGAGUGUUGGUGAAGUUGGAGCUCAGAUGAGGGCUGUAAGUGUAGCAAUAGCUGAGAAAUACCCCCAGGCUAUACGAACAGUUAGCUCUGCUUUGUCCUUUAAUGUAUGGUUGGCCAGAUCCUCUCCUGUAGAAGAAGCAGCUCAUGGAACAGUUUUGAUAGAGAGAAUGCUGCACUGGCUCACAGAGGACACGCAACGGCAGAACAAACUGGAAGACAUGAUCAUUCACGUUUUCCAACAUGAUGAGGGAAAGGGUAACGAACUGAGAGACAAGCUCAUGAAAAACUGGGAUAAGAGUCAUGACAUGCAUGAGGUGAUGGUAGAGCUUUUGGAAGCAGUCAUGCUCUGCUUGAAUGAGCUGAAAGGCGAAGGGAGUAGCUCAGACCAGCACCAAGCAUUGGAAUUUUUCGAUUCAGUCAGACACUUUGAGUUCAUCUUUGCAGCCGUCGUGCAGAAAAAUGUCUUGAGUGUUACCAGAAAGCUGAGUCAGUCUCUUCAGGGCAAACCCUUAGACAUGUUGCUUGCUGUGAAUACAUUGCCUGAUCUCAAAGCAUCCCUCAGUAAACUGAAGAGUGAUAUUGAGACCCAUCAUAGGGAAUGGUUUGAGGAAGCUGUCCUAUUAGCUUCCAGACUCCAGGUUACCAUGUUGCACUCAGUGCUUCUAGAGCCCUUGAGUGAGUUUUACAAAGAAUCUGUAAGCAUAAAGGUGGUAGAGCACUCAAUUACUGAAGUCACUGACCUCUUCACAGAAAAGGUAAUGGAUACCUUGAGGUGUCUGGAGAUUGUGCCUUACGCAAUGUCCAAAGUAGAAACCAGCAUUGUUAGCGGUCUUGUGUUCCGCCUGUACAAGGAGGACUUGCCAGAUCAAGUCUCUCUUCAUGCCGAGAUGAAGUCCUGGAAAGAGAAAUGGUUGGAUCCCUUGGCAGGCUAUCUCCCGACUACUGUGCUUGAUACCCUGAAGACAUCACAGAUAAGAAGUUUUAGUAAUAUUGAAACUCUUCUCCGGCUGCAAGUCAUCUUGCCAUUUUCAAGGAAGGAGAGCACCUUCAGGCAGGGAAAGCGGAACUUGCAGGAAUUCAGACAGCAGGGGAAGAGAUCCCUCAAAGAACUGUAUCCUCUGUAAUAGUUGAAGGUCUUCCCUCAUGGUUGUCAUACUUAAGCAAAACUUUUUAGAGGAUGUUAUCAGCAUCAUACUUCUGACCUAAUGUAUCCUCAACCCUAGGUUAGGUCCCAAGUUCUGAACUUGCCUGAUAUUACUCAGUGUAUAUUAUUGAUCUAAAUUCUUUAAGAUUUCCUUUGUUGUUUUCCUGCGAGCAAAGGCCUGUUUUGUUUGUUUGUUUGUUUUGUUUUUUUUUUCUCUAGUUGAACAAUUGUACUGCCCAAUGGGACCAAUGUCUUGCCAAAAAAGCAAUGCUCAACUGAUGGUUCUCAAGCUUGUGUGCCUUUAUGCAAAACUAAUAAUUCACCCCAUGUAUCAUAAUGCAGGUUUAAAAAUGACAGUCCCACCAGGCAUUUGAAAAAAAGUUUGUUUUUAUCAUUACCAAAAAUGACUAGAGUUACUAUAAAAUCACUUUCUUAAGUUCAUGUCAAAUAUUAAAUUGCACCAUUACCUUUUAUGGCACAAAUAGAAAUGGUUAGUUUCAUCAUGUCUUCUAAUGAUUUCCCAGGCUUCCUGUCUCUUGGCAGGAAUGAAUUUGCUGUAAACGUAUCUUCGAAAGAAUGUUUCCUUUAAGAGGAAAACCUUCAUAUAUAUAUUUGUCAAAAAAAGUAAUAAAAUCCUCCAAAAA